AUGGCUUCGAUACUCUCGUAUGUACCGAUCGUGAACCGACUGGUCUCUGGUGGCCGCCCUCGAAACACCAUCGAGAUCCCACCUGUUGAGGUUCAUAGUGUGGAGACGUCGCCGGAGAAACGACCCAGAACGCUCAAGCAUCUGCUCAGGGCGAACCAUGUGAACUACUCCAUCCUCUACCACGACCUGCGGUUUCAUAACCACAUGCCGCAUAUCCUCGGAUCUGCCUAUCUCCUCGGAGCCAAUGCUCAGCAGCUGCACAAUAUAUAUGACGAGGAGGCAAGAACCCUCGAACCGUGGCAUCCGUCGCCGGCCGAAAUCGUCCAGGACGACUGGAGGGACUUUCUCGGCGACGCGAGAUACCAGCGUGCCUACGUCGAUUUCUUCGAGGAUGUCCUCGUAUUAAGACACAACUACCGCUGGAAGGACGUGGUCGAGGAAUACAUAUUUUCGGGCAAGCAACCACUAGCUCACUGCCUCAUCGGAGGUCUUGGCCACCCCAUGAUACACCUCGCGUAUGCUUAUGAGAUAGAUAAUCGCGAAGUUGCCAUGGAGGCCCUUGGCAUGGCUGCUACCCAGUACGGCUUCCUUCAUAAGUAUCUCGAUGACGCCUCGUAUUCGAAGCCGUCUCCGAUCAAAGCGGCCUCGCCGAUAGAGCUGCUGGUGAGAUUGGGGAAGGAUGAACGUCUGGACGGCUCGUUCCAGGAGCGAGGACCCGACAACAUGGAGCCGCUAUUCCAAAAGCACGAAGAAGUUGUCUUAGAGUACUGGAACGCGUGGGCGUUGGACGAAGACCCGUUGACGCAGUUCCGGCUAUCCCAAGAAGCCGCUACCGCGCUUCUCGUCGAGACGGUGCCACGUGGGACGCACGCAUACGACUUCUUCACCUGUCAUGUUCUCACGACAAGUCACGCCGCCAGGAUACUGCUCCCGUUCAUCCCGCCACAGUUCCGCGUCAGCUUGGUGAGGCAAUGGUGGCUGUUCGCGAUCACUGUCUACGCCAUCGAGCUUCGGCCCAGGAUCGACCCCGAUUACAUCCAGCCUGGGGACGUGGCCGGGAAAGGGUGGGAUUACGUGGAAGAUAAGGCCCUGAACGGACCUUAUGCCACGGACGCACACUUUGUUAAAUCUGUGCGUGCGAUAAAGGAAGCGGCUCGGACCUGGGGAGACGUGCACGAGCGUUACCUAGCCGCCGCCGUACGGGGAGUAGGGAAUGGCAAAAACCAGGGCUCUUUUGCCUUUCUGCUCUACACCCAAACAACUAGACAUCUAGCCAGCAGAUGCGGUGCCCAUACCGUCUGCCUUGUCGUCAUGGCACCACCCGCGAAGCGUCGGAGACGUAAUGUGCUCCACGGUUCUUCGGACGACGAGGAAGUGCCCCGAUCGCAGGCAAAUACCCUUACUAAUUACCUCCUGUCGUCGCCUGAUCAACAACAAGCUACAUCGCCCAAGCGCGCGUCUCGAACCAUACCUGUAUCGCCAACCCCCGCCGUAAGGAAGUCGUCUCGGCUGCUAGCCUCCCGACCAACCGUGCCGACUCCUGCUUCUCAACCCUCUCUUCCCGGCAGGAACGAGUUCAAAAGCGGCAGCACGAGCCCAGAGAAGGCCAAUGCCAGCCGACCAUUCGCCAGGGGGAAGCCGGCAGGCAAAGAAAAAACGGCCGAUCUCGUGUCUAUGUUCUCCAAACAGGCGCAACGGGCCCUAACUGCGUCACCGACUAAGAGGGAUGAUAUUGCUAGCGACCCGAUAUCCGACGACGACGAUGUGGGAGAACACAGGGCUGCGAGCAUCAGUCGGGUGGGACAGAAUGCUCGCAAGCGAUCUCGAGACGCCUCUCAGCCUGCCGGCGGCCCAGUCGGCAUGUCGAGUCAGAAGUUCCUCAAGCCGCCUCGUCCCGUGCGAGACCCUGCGCCGGCCGACGAACAACGGCCGUGGUCCGAGCGAUUUGGCCCCUCGAGCUUGGCCGAGCUCGCAGUCCACAAGAAGAAAGUAGCCGACGUCCGGCGGUGGCUCGAAGAUGUGAUGGCUGGCCGCAUGCGACAACGACUGCUUAUUCUGAAGGGCGCUGCCGGGACCGGGAAGACGACUACGGUGCGGCUCCUCGCUCGAGAUAUGCAUUGCGAGCUUCUCGAGUGGAGAAACCCGGCAGGCUCCCUCGGCGCGAACCAAGGGCAUCAGUCGGCCGCGGCGCAAUUCGAAGAAUUCAUAGGGAGAGGAGGGAAAUUUGGUCAAUUGGAUACGGAUCUCGACCUAACCGCUCCAGGUCGUAGUAAGACGGAUGAUAAUAAUAUGAGGAAGAUUAUGCUCGUCGAGGAAUUUCCAAACACGUUCACACGAUCCUCGACGGCUUUGGCGGCCUUCCGGAACACUGUUCUACAGUAUCUAGUCACUAACACUCCCCCUCUCGCCUCAUUUGGCCGUCAAGACCCCGUAGACCCCAUCACACCUGUUGUUAUGAUCAUAUCAGAAACCCUCCUGACCACCAGCUCAGCAUCUGCAGAUAGUUUCACUACCUAUAGACUCCUCGGGCCCGAAAUCACUCGGCAUCCGGGCAGCUGCGUUAUCGAAUUCAACGCAAUCGCUCCCACUCUCCUCGCGAGCGCGCUCGAGCUGGUGGUGCAGAAGGAGGCGCGAAAGUCUGGACGACGUCGGACGCCAGGCCCGCUUGUUCUGAAGCGGCUAGGUGAGAGAGGGGACAUCAGAAGCGCAAUCUCGUCGCUCGAGUUCCUCUGCCUCAAGGGCGACGCAGACGCGGACUGGGGAUCUAAGGUCGCAUUCACAAAGCCCAAACGCGGAUCUAAAAAUGAAGUGGCGUUGACGAAAGGUGAAAUAGAAAGCCUCGAGCUCGUCUCGCAGCGAGAAGCGAGCUUGGGCAUAUUUCACGCUGUCGGUAAAGUGGUGUACAAUAAGAGAGAAGAACGCCCGAUGGACCAGCGCACGCCUGAAGGCCAAGCCGAACAGUUACCUGAAUAUAUGACAUCUUGCUCCCGACCAAAGCGGUCCGAAGUUCUCGUCGGCAAUCUUAUCGACGAAACUGGCACCGACGCCCAAACCUUCAUCUCCGCCCUUCACGAGAACUACGCCCCUUCCUGCGAAUCUAGCGAGCCUUCGGACCCCAACAGCUCACUCGACUAUAUCAAUGGCUGCAUCGACUAUCUAUCCGAUAGCGACCUACUAAACCCAUCGUGGGAUAUAUUCUUCCGCGGUAGGGGAUCUAACAGCUCCACGUAUUCGGGGAGGGACUCGGCCAGCCACGUGCUGAGGCAAGAGGAAAUCACGUUCCAGGUCGCAACGAGGGGACUCCUAUUCUCACUUCCAAACCCGGUAAAGCGAGUGGUGACUACUUCCCGACGCGGCGGCGGCGAUGCUUACAAGAUGUUCUACCCGGCCAGCCUCAAGCUCUGGCGCGAGAAGGAGGAGAUUGAGGGCGUCGUCGAUCACUGGGCAUCUAGACUACUCAAGGGGGACGAUGCGGGGCAUAAUCUCACAGACGGCGCCUCCGCCUUCCGACGUCCCAAGGCAACCGGUAGCGACGGGGAGUGGAUAAGUAAACAAUCGUCCCAGCGCGGCAACACCCAAACCUCUAAACGAGCCCAGCAGCAGCACGGUCAAGGUCCGGGGCAAGAGGCGGCGGGCGCGCCCCUGCUCUUCCUCGGAAGCUCCGCCCGGCGGGAGCUGCUGCUCGAGCGGCUGCCGUACAUGGCGCAGAUGGGGAGAGGAGGGCGCGGGUGUCCGGCUGUCAGCGCGGCGCAGCUACGGGAGAUGGAGAAGGUGGUGUCGUUCUCGGGGAUCGGGGCGGCGGCGGGGGCGGCGAUGGACGAGGACGGCGUCGACGCGGACGCGGGCGGAGAGGACCUGGCGCCGGCGGGCGAGGCAUGGGCCACGGACAGACCGACAGAGGAGGCGUCGCCGCGGAAGAGGAGGGGCCUCGGGAUCAUCCGGCAGAAGAGGAAGAGCGACGCAGACGCGUUAUCGACGACGGGUGCCGGCGCGGCCGCGUCCCCGCUGUCGAUCCAGAAGCUGGUGUUGAGCGACGACGACAUAGAGGACGACUGA